AUGCGUGCAGGUGUGUUGGCGCGCGUUCGUGUCGCUGAACCGGCGCAACCAGCACGCGGUGUGCGCGCCGUUGCCCGCUGUUCCAUAGUAUAUGUAUAUCUGUAUGUGUGUCGAUUCGUGCAGGUGUGCGGGCGUGCGUUCGUGUCGCUGAACCGGCGCAACCAGCACGCGGUGUGCGCGCACACGGCACCCGCGCGCCGCUGCCCGCUGUGCCCUGCGCUCUUCCACCUCCGCUCUAUGGUCAACACCCAUCUGAAGAAGGUGCACUUGAAAGCGCACAAGCGAAGGAAUCGAACCAGUAAGCAUCAAAACGUAUUCUGGCGCACCGAAACCGUCCCUAUACAAGAACUGAGCGUUUCCAUACAGAAUGAGAUAUUGGAACUGCAGGCUGCACAGCAGGACACAAUCAACGGAACGGCAUUGCAAAUGGGAGGAAGCGUCGGAAAUGAAAUGAAUCUAUUUAAAAUUUUGGAUUGA